AUGUGUGGAUAACACAUGAGUAGAGCUCUUUAGUGUAACAGAAAAAGUUGACUUUAUUCUACUUAUUUCAGGAAAGGAAGUUGUUCGUGUAGCAGAACCUUAAUUAUAAGAUAUUUUGUAGAAUAAGUUUUUUUUUUUCGCUGCCAAAGAAAUACAAACGGUAAAACGUUUGUGCUGAAAUGUCUCUGUUUCUUGUGAACAGAUAUCUUGGAGAGGAUGAAGAUAAUUGUGCCUCUAAAGAGAGUCGGGCUCAGGCUUUACUGGUCAAACUACAGCAGAAGGCCAAAGAGAAGCAACAACAGAGUUUACGACAGGAAGAGACAGAAGAACAGACUGACAGAAAGAAGAGGAAGGCUGACAAGGACAGCAGGCAGAAGCACAAAAAGAGGAAAGGAGAAAUAGAUCCAAACAAAGAUCAACCUGUGGAGGAAGACAAGAAUAAGAAAAGUGGAAAAAAGAAACAGAAGAGGAAAAAGGAGUUGGAUGGACGUGAGGAUAUGGGAGAGGGUGAAGAAGAAGAGAAAGAAGACGCAGAGGCAGGAAAUGACACACGUGAGAAGACGUCUGCCCCCGCUGAGUUCACAGUUCUGGGAGGAUUUGACCUGAAAUCUGUCCAAAAGGUGCACAGAGUUCUUCCUCAGUGGCUCGCUCAGCCUGAUGCCAUUCACAGCGACAUUAAAAACCACCUGGUUCCAGUGUUAGACGUCCCAGGACUCUGUGUUCAUCUGGUGAAGAAACUCCAAAAUAACCAGAUUCAACACUUGUUUCCAGUGCAGGCAGAAGUCAUCCCAGUCAUCCUGGAGGGUGCACAGCAGGGCCUGCUGAUUGGACAAGGAGGAUACAAACCACCAGAUAUUUGUGUUUCUGCACCGACAGGAAGUGGCAAGACUCUGGCAUUUGUCCUACCUGUCAUCCAGGUGCUGAUGGAGCGGGUGGUGUGUGAAGUCCGAGCUUUGGCCGUGUUACCGACCAAAGAGCUGGCUCAGCAGGUUUGGAAAGUGUUCUCGUCAUACGCUGAGGGUACGACUCUGAAAGUGGUGAUGUUGGCAGGACACAAGUCCUUCAGUGCAGAACAGGAGUCUGUGUCAGAACACAGAGGGGGUGUGAGGCGCAGUUUAGCGGACAUCAUCGUUGCCACCCCAGGCCGUCUGGUGGACCACAUCAAUAAGAGCUCAGGUUUAUGUCUGGAACACCUCAGGUUCCUGAUUAUCGACGAGGCCGACAGAAUGAUUGACAGCAUGCACCAGUCGUGGCUCAGUCAGGUGGUUAAGGCCGUGUACAGAACAGGAAGUGAAACAGAACCCACGUCUGUCUUCAGAAGGACUGAACCCAAACACAUCACAGCAGCCAGUCUGUCUCCACCUGCGAUGCCUCUGCAGAAGCUGCUCUUCUCUGCUACACUCACUCAAAACCCUGAGAAGCUGCAGCAGCUGGGCCUCCACCAGCCACGACUCUUCAGCUCCGCCCACAGCCGCCCCGCCACCACGGCCGACACGCCCACGGCCCCGCCCCACAAACAAGACCGCUUCGACUUCCCCCAGGGUCUGACGGAGUAUUACGUUCACUGUACAUUAAGUAAGAAGCCCCUCCUCGUCCUCCACUUCCUGCUGCGGAUGAAGCUCAGCCCCAUGUUGUGUUUCACCAACUCCAGAGAGGCUGCCCACAGACUCUUCCUGCUGCUGCAGCUCUUCGGUGGAGUUCAGGUGGCAGAGUUCUCCUCCAGACUUUCUCCUGCUGAGAGAAAGAAGACGCUGAAAGAGUUUGAGCAGGGGAAGAUCCAAAUGUUGGUGAGCACAGAUGCAGCUGCCAGAGGGAUCGACAUCCAUGGGGUCAAAUGUGUGCUCAACUAUGACGCUCCACAGUACAUCAGAACCUACAUCCACAGGAUCGGCAGAACUGCUCGAGCGGGGAAAGCCGGGCUGGCAUUCACCUUCCUGUUAGGAGUCCAGGAGAAGCACUUCCUGCAGAUGGUGAUGGAGGCGGGCAGCCCUGGAAUUCACAAACAGAUUAUAAAAGCAGAGAGUCUGAAGGGUAUGGAGGAGCGCUACCAACAAACACUGAGAGAACUGCAGGAGGUCAUCAGGGAGGAGAAAGCCCAGUGAACAGGAGCUGCACCUCCAAACCUCCUCCUGCUGAAGAUCACAGGACAUAUUAUGGGAUGGAUGGAGUCCUGCUGUUGAAUCCAACCUAAAGUGCCGGUGCUGCUGACUUCACAUUUCAAAUCCAUGAACUCAUGUCAGAACACCCAGUCUGUGUGUGUGUGUGUGUGUGUGUGUGUGUGUGAGAACACUUUAUGUCCCAUAAAUGCAUUCAUGUGGAUCAUGUUCCAACCUUUUUUACUCCUGACCCCAUUUUAACAUCACAAAUUUCUGGUGACCCCAGACAUUCAAAACUGA